GUACGCAAAGCCGAUAUAAAAAAUCGUUAGUAAGUGUUAAUAACCAAGUAUGUGUCUUAUGUUGGCAGAGGGACAAAGAAAAGCGACUUUCGAAGAAUACGAAGCUAAGAAGCACGAGUACGCGGAGAAAAUCGCAACUCUCAAGCGAAGCGUCAAAGAACUCUACGUAGAAUAUGCAAACAUACGGAACGUAAUUAUGGAAUGCGACGAUUAAAAAAACACUGAUUAAGUAAAUCGUUAUACAUGUGUGUGUGUGUGUGUGUGUGUGUGUUAUUUCAGAACGAGGGGAAAUCAGAGGGCAAAGUAAGCCGCAAAUCUUUGGCUUGUGAGAAAAAACGCAAUUUAGAUGAGACAAUUACUAAAAUGCAAGAGGACAAUAUACGCUUAAGAAAGAAGCACGAUCUAAUUAAGUACGAACGUAAGAAGGUGAGCAACGCGAUAUCAAUCUCUUAAAGAUUAGACUGGCGCGAAUGUAUCUUAUAUCCAUAGAAGCGUAAAUAUUCCUUAGCGACAGCAGAGACUGCACUCGUUGCUGGAUGAAUAUAGUAAAUUAACGAGCAAUAAGAUGCAGAAGAUAUUUAAGGAGAAGAUGGAGAAUCCGUUGCGAAACGUGAGUUGGAACAAUACAGAUAAACAUCGUCAGAGCAUCCGUUAGAGUUACGUUUAUAUGAUGACAGAAAAUUGUUAAACUGGAAGUACGUUUGGAGCAUAUCAGGAUGAUGCAAAUCAAAGCGAACAUAGCACGAAUGAAAUAUCGGUCGAUGUGCUCCGAUCUGAAACAGAAAUCUGUGCUUUAUGCGUCUUCGUUGAAAAGUCUGGAAGAUGAAAUAAAGGAGCAAGAGAAUGAAACGAAACGUCUGGAGAAAGCGAAAGAAGAAGCUAUUACGUUAAAGGAUAAUAUGCAGGAAACAUUGAUAAAAGAAGAAAUCGAGGUUACAAAUUGUAGCAAAGAGCGUCAUGCUGUUCUUGAAGAAUACAGGCAACGCGUGUUAGAGCGAAAAACGGAACUCGAGCGUUUGGAAAAGAUGAUAUUCCAUUCGCGUCCGCGAGAUGAUUUUGACACACGUGGAGAAAGCCAUGUACAGCAUGCGGAGGACAUUACCAAGGACGAGGUGACACGACUCGAAGAGACGUUCGCCAAGCUGCGCAGUGCCACCGGAGUGUCCAGAUCCGAAGACGUUGUGAACCGGUUUCUGGGUCAGCGAGCGACUAAGGAUAAUCUGCAGAAAAUGCGGCUGGCCACGGAGCAAGAGAAAAUGGCUUUAGAAAAGCAGAGACUGCAGCUUAUCGACGAAAUGGAAAUGAGAAAGUUCUCUGAAACGAAGGACGCGGAACAAAAUGCGGAAGAAACGGAGAAACUGAACCGUCGCAUCGACCAACAGCGAUCGCGCCGAUUAAAAGCAGACGCGAGAAGGCAGAAGAUGGAAGAUCUAUUGCAAGCAAUUACCAUGACAUUGCGGAACGUGUGCGACAAAUUUCGAGUGAGUAAUUACAGCAUCCUCUCGUAAUAUUUCACUAUUUAACGAAACACCAUGUUGUCUAAUCUUUUGGUAAGAAAAGCUUUAUCGAUAUAGAAUUGAAUUUCUGGAAAUGUUCAUUUCGCAACAGAGAUGUUGCAAGUUUUUCAUACUGCGAA